UCUCUCGCGAGAGGACUGCUGAACAUCCUUAAGAUUGUGUUAAUAACAUCGUCUCUCAGCCGAGCGGCAAGUAUUAGCGUCUGAACCUUCGGACUGAACGCGUAAACUCAACGAAAGUGAUCUGGCACCGGUGCGCGGUGGCAAAGCGAAAGGUUAUCAGUAUGGGGAUUCACAACCGAAUUCCCUUGUUGCUGCUGCUGCUGCUACUACUAUUGAGUGUACUCGCGGUGCGUAGCGAAAUUGCUCCAAAAUGUGGAAAACGACUAUUGAAUGUACAGGGCCUAAUAACGCAGGGAACGGAUGCCUAUCGGAGUGAAUAUCCUUGGCACGUGGCAAUCUUCAACUAUCGAGAGGUAAAAUCUACCAGCAUGUUCACGUACAUAUGCGGAGGAUCAAUCAUAUCACCCAACUUUGUGUUAUCAGCCGCCCACUGUGUAGUGAACAAUGAAAUACUUGAUCUGUGGAAAAAACCCGAACUGUUCUACUUCAGAGCGGGCGCGCACAAUAUCAAAAACGAAACCGACGGUUACAACUACAACGUGUCGGAGAUAAUAGUGCAUCCCAAGUACAACCAGGAAACGUACAACAACGACCUUGCAUUGCUUCGCACGAUCGGUGACAUAUCGUUCGAUGAUCCGUCAAAGGUGUUGCCGAUUUGUCUACCUCCAGUCAAAGCAGAUAGGGAUGCAACCAUACAGGAGCUAUUGGGCAAGAUAGGGUUUGUUGCCGGUUGGGGAACCACGGAGAAUGAAACAACAAGCCGGAUUUUACAAACGUUAAAGGUGAAUGCGCUCAGCAUGGACAGCUGCCGCAGCAAGGUGGAAGAGCAUAAUCACAAAGUAUUGGACCUGGAUGUGAUGUUUUGUGCGCGUGGCGAGAAGCCGGAUACGAACGUCUGCACUGGUGAUAGUGGUGGCGGUUUAGUUUACUUCAAGAAUGAGGUUGCACACCUCCGUGGAAUUGUAAGCUUUGCUCCACGUAAACAGUUCCCCAACGGUAUUACGGGCUGUGAUCCGAACGGCGCCGUUGGCUACACCGAUGUUGCACGCUACAUCGAUUGGAUCGCAGAGCAACAGAAGCAUGUCACGCUGCGAAACUUACUGAACGAAGCAAAUUGCGGUAUCGAUCCGCACGAAAACACGGCGAACGAAACGGAAAAACCUAUAUUCAACCAAUACCCGUGGAAUGCAUUGCUGGAAGUGUACCGGGAUACUGAUAAACAGACGCCCAUAUUCCUUUGCGGUGGCGUGUUAAUACAUAAACGGUUCGUGUUGACGGUUGGCCAUUGCGUAACGGGCAUUCCGAAAUACUACAAACUGAAAUCCGUGCGGUUGGGAGAAUUCAAAUUGUUCUCCCCGGAAGACACGGUGGAUGGCCAAACGAUCAAGCACCAAUCGAUCGACAUCAAACAGAUCAUUCACAAUCCCGAUUUCAACAGACCUCGCUAUAGCAACAAUCUGGCGUUGAUUGAACUAGCGUACGAUGCGGACAUUAGAAAUCCUAACAUUAAGCUAAUCUGUCUGCCGAGCCGUGUCGAGUAUGUGCAGACCAAUCUACCGCUAACCGGAUGGAAACGGAACAGACUGGUCUACCCGACGCUUUCGCGCAACAUGAUGAACUGGACCUCGACUGAUGAGUGCAGAUCGCAGUACAAGGAGAAGGGUGUCGAGCUGCCGGAAUCAUCGGAUAUUGUGUACGGUACGUUCCGUGAUCAACCCGAGAAACACUGUGACAACUAUCGUGCUGGCUCCGCUCUGCAGUACAUUAAACACUCGGACGGAAAGCGCCGCUAUUUCUUGGCCGGUUUGAUGACGUUCAAUUUUCCGGCAUGCCACUCGAAGAGUUGCCAAAUGUUUGCCACCACUCUGAGCAGUGGUUCGUGGAUACAGGAAACGGUGAAUAAGACGGUGCCGUUUAGUGGAUAGAGUCGCAGAAGGUGAUGCUUGGCGGUACUUAUGUAUCAAAGGGGAACGACUUCGACUUAACGAAACUAGUUGCGAGAACAGUUGGACAGAUGAUCGUUACUGAUCGGUUGCAGUUACAGUAGCAAGAAGAGAAAGACGCUCGGAUUAGAGUCACUGACUGAUCGUUAUAGACAAAGCCACUACAUAAAACAAUAUCAUAUAAUAGAAAUCCCGACUGCACUGCGACGAUAUGUUUCACAUUACUCACACGGGAAAAGGAUUCACUGGUAAAGAAGAUGUUAAUAAAUAACGAAUUUCU